GCUACGUUGCACGCGACCUGGUGUGUGAUCUCCGAGUGAGUGGGGGAGGGUCGAAGAGAAGGAAAAAGAAUAAGACGUUGCAGAAGAGACCCAGGCAGGGUUUUGGGGGGUUUUGUUAUUGUUUUUGGUUUUGGUUGAGCUGGGUUACCAGUGCCGCCUCCGAAACUGCACCUCCCCGAGCCUUUGCAGUGCAAUGUCCCGCCUGCUACAUGCUGAAGAGUGGGCUGAAGUGAAGGAGUUGGGGGACCACCAUCGCCAUCCUCAGCCGCACCACCUGGCGCAACCGCCGCCACAGCCACCUGCCACCCUACAGGCGAGAGAGCAUCCAGUCUACCCGGCGGAGCUGUCCCUCCUGGACAGCACAGACCCACGCGCCUGGCUGGCUCCCACUUUGCAGGGCAUCUGUACGGCACGCGCCGCCCAGUAUUUGCUGCAUUCUCCUGAGCUGGGUGCCUCGGAGGCCGCUGCGCCCCAAGACGAGGCGGACGGCCGGGGGGAUCUGGUAAGGAGAAGCACCAGCGACGGCAACGUCAGCAAAAGUCCAGGACCGGUGAAAGUGCGGGAACAGUUGUGCAAGCUGAAAGGAGGGGUGGUGGUGGAUGAGUUGGGCUGCAGCCGCCAGAGAGCCCCUUCCAGCAAACAGGUGAAUGGAGUGCAGAAGCAAAGACGGUUGGCGGCCAACGCCAGGGAGCGGCGCAGGAUGCACGGGCUGAACCAUGCCUUUGACCAGCUGCGCAAUGUUAUCCCGUCGUUCAACAACGACAAGAAGCUAUCCAAAUAUGAGACCCUGCAGAUGGCCCAGAUCUACAUCAACGCCCUGUCGGAGCUGCUACAAACCCCCAGCGGCGGGGAGCAGCCAUCGCCGCCGCCAGCUUCCUGCAAAAGUGACCACCACCACCUUCGUGCUGCAGCCUCCUACGAAGGCGGUUCGGGCACAGCCACAGCAUCUGGGGCUCAACCAGCUUCCGGAGGGGGCCAGCGACCGACCCCACCCGGGAGUUGUCGGACACGCUUUUCCGCCCCGACCUCCGCGGGAGGUUACUCGGUGCAGCUAGACGCUUUGCACUUCUCGACUUUCGAGGACAGCGCCCUGACAGCGAUGAUGGCGCAAAAAAACUUGUCGCCUUCGCUGCCUGGGGGCAUCCUGCAGCCAGUGCAGGAGGAUAGUAGCAAAACUUCCCCCCGGUCCCACAGAAGCGACGGGGAGUUUUCUCCCCAUUCCCAUUACAGUGACUCGGAUGAGGCAAGUUAGAAAGGUGACAAAACCCUGAAAACGGAGACAGAAACAAAAUUGCCCUUUCCCAGUGCGCGGGGAGCCCCGCGGUUAAAUAUCCCCGCACCCUUUAAUUUUUGCUUUGCAAUGGUCGUUGUUUAGCAACGACUUGGCUUCAGAUGGCAGCUACAUUUGAUGGUUUGCAAAAGCCGCCGCUAUUCCAAACUUCCUAUGGCUCAUAUUGUUUGAUGAAAGCUUUGCCGGUCCUUCCACCUUCUGCUUUCCCCUGUAGAUAGAUAUGGUAUAAUUAUAUGUACCCAGAUGUGGCAUCAUUAUUAUAGUCCCUUCUGCCAACACGCUGCUAAAACGUCGCAUCUUUUCUGUCACUGGUUUGGGUUUAAUUUAUUUUAUGCCCUGGGCGUCCAUUCCUGUGUGUUGCGCGCACUCGUGUGGGAGAGUUAAGUCUUCUGAAGUUGUUUCCCCAAAUGCAUUAUGAAUCGCAAAGUCAAUGCUUACAAAGUGAACAACUUUUGACUAUGGAAUUGUUAGAAAACGGGGACCUUUGCGGGUUUAUAUAUUGUAUAAACAUACCCAGUAUGUGUAUCCGAUCGCCAGAACGUUGGCGUCCUUUAGGAAACUUGGCGCACGCACUUUAUCAGUCGCUGCUAUUGCGGCUCCAGGAGAAAUUCAACUGCCAAUUGCAGACCAGUUUUUUUUUUUUUUUUUUUUUUUAAACACGGCCACUUAUCAUCUCUAAGCUCUUUGCAAAUGUUUGUUUAAAAAAAUGAAAAUAAAAACAUAUCUAGUAGUGUCAAAAGCAUUUGGUCAAUUUUAUUUUGCUUUGUUAUUGUUAGAAAACUUAUUUAUUAUUGAGUGUUUGCUACCAUUUCUACUUAUCUUGAUUCAUUUUUUUACAUUUUCUACUCGAGAUAAUUUUAUUUUAAUUUAGUAAAGCCAACUGCCAUUGUUUUAUGUAUUUACAUUUGCAAAUGAUAACAAUAAACUU